AGCGCAAGGGUGGUAAAGGGGCGGAGUCAAACAGAAACUACAACAAGCAAAGGGAGCCCUUGGAAAAUACAGCAGGACAGCGGAGUAAAACUGAAAAAAGUGAGCCGCAUUCAUCAAGGAGCAAGUCCACACUACGUAUUUUCUGCUAAAAGAGGGAGCUGACACCAGGAUGAACGGUGACUCAGGUGCCGGGGUGGUGACGGCCCCGCCUCCCACCACUGCGCCCCACAAGGAGCGCUACUUCGACCGCGUGGACGAGACUAGCGCGGAGUACCAGCGGGAGAGGAACAUGGCGCCCGACCUUCGCCAGGACUUCAACAUGAUGGAGCAGAGGAAGAGGGUGUCCAUGAUUCUGCAGAGUCCGGCUUUCUGUGACGAGCUGGAGACCAUGAUCCAGGAUCAGUUCCAGAAGGGGAAGACCCCCACCAGUCUACUGGCCCUGCAGCAGAUCGCCGACUUCAUGACCACCUCCAUGCCCACCAUGUACCCUGCCGCCCCCCAGGGGGGCAUGGCUGCCCUCAACAUGAGUCUGGGGAUGGUGACCCCCGUGAACGACCUGCGUGGCUCGGACUCCAUCUCCUAUGACAAGGGAGAGAAGCUGCAGCGCUGCAGGCUAGCUGCCUUCUACCGCCUCACAGACCUGUUCGGCUGGUCCCAGCUGAUCUACAACCAUCUCACGGUGAGGGUGAACUCUGAAGAGGAGAGAUUCCUGAUCGUCCCUUUUGGUCUCCUGUACAGUGAGGUGUCAGCCUCCAGCCUGGUCAAGGUCAACAUGCAGGGGGAGAUAGUGGACCGGGGAAGCACCAACCUGGGGGUGAACCAGGCUGGCUUCAAUCUCCACUCUGCCAUCUACGCUGCCCGGCCUGACGUCAAGUGCAUCGUCCACAUCCACACACCAGCAGGCGCCGCGGUGUCUGCUAUGAAGUGUGGCCUGCUGCCUAUCUCUCCGGAGGCCCUGUCUCUGGGAGAGGUCUCCUACCACGACUACCACGGCAUCCUCGUGGACCAGGAGGAGAGCCUGCUCAUCCAAAAGAACCUGGGGCCCAGGAGCAAGGUGUUGAUCCUGAGGAACCAUGGCCUGGUGUCUGUGGGGGAGACAGUGGAGGAAGCCUUCUACUACAUCCACAACCUGGUGACGGCCUGUGAGAUUCAGGUGCGCACCCUGGCCAGCGCGGGGGGGCCAGACAACCUGGUGAUGCUGGACCCAGGGAAGUACAAGUCUCGGCCCCGUGUCCCGGAGCCCCCCCCUGAGGGGUCCAGCCCCCAGCCCAAGUGGCAGGUGGGGGAACAGGAGUUUGAGGCCUACAUGAGGAUGCUGGACAACCUGGGCUACAGGACCGGCUACCCCUACCGCUGCCCAGCGCUCCGGGACAAACACAAAAAGUCCAGCGAGGCGGAGCUCGCGUCCUCGGCCGUGGGCUCCUUCUCGUACGGCGAGGACAGCGACUCGGGCGCCCGCUCCCCGCUCAAGCACAGCUUUCAGAAGCAGCCGCGCGACAAGACGCGCUGGCUGGGCUCGGCCGGGCGCCCUGACGGCGAGGAGGAGGGCUCGGAGGCGGGCAGCCCCAAGGCGAAGGCUAAGUGGACAAAAGAGGAGGGGGCUCGCCAGGCGGCAGUAGCCAAUCAGUUCAUCCCCAUGAACACCAACGCCAAAGAGGUGCUGGAGAUGAGGAACAAGAUCCGCGACCAGAACUUGCAGGACAUCAAGACUGCAGGGCCCCAGUCCCAGCUGCUCUGCGGCUCCGUCAUGGAGCGCUCCUUUGUCCAGAGAGAGUCACUGUGGCAGGACGCCCCUCUCUCUGACUGUAUGGACUGUAUUGAUGGCCCUGAUGUGUCAGAGGGGGCCAGUAGCCCUGCUAAGUCCUUUAGAAAGGGGGAGUUGGUGACGGCAUCCAAGGCCAUCAUAGAGAAGGAGUUCCAGCCUCACGUGGUGGUCAGCAAGCAGGGGCCCAACCCCUUCACCAAGCUGACCGACCACGAGCUGGAGGAAUACCGCAAGGAGGUGGAGCUCAAACAGAAAGGACCGGAAGUGCAGGGUUGGGGUCAGGGCGACCAGGCUCCUCCCACCACCACCACCAGCAGCUCAGAGCUCUCUGAGCCUGUGGAGGGACCGCUCCCUACCUCCAUCCCUUCAGGGAAUCCAACCCCCCCUUCGUCUGUCAGUGGCACCCAGCCGGAUCAGGGACAGUCCCGGGACCCCCUCGGCUCCCCGCCUCCCCCCGAAGCCCCCACUGCCGCUGGCCAGGCCUCCGACUCGCCCCCACCCACCUCCGGGAAGGGGAGUCCCAAGACCUCCGGCGAGGGGCCGGUGGGGAGGUCAGAGCCCGAAUCCCCUCAGAAGGAGUUCCACUGUGCGGUCCUGCGGGCGCUGAGCGUGAGCAGCAGGGAGCAGGCCCUUGAGGAGGACCAGCCUCCAGACCAGGAACAGGUAGCGGAGCCUGAGCCGGAGGUCAGAGGUCAGGAGGAGACGCGUACCCCUCCCAGCACCCCCGUCAAAGCAGAGGAAGAGUCCCAGCCUGAUCACACCUUUAAGGACGAGAGCGACGCAGCCACCAUGAGACAGACCCUCCCUGACCUCACCCCGGACGACCCCUCUGACGCCCCCCCCCUCCCCACAGAAGACUCCACGCCCGCCGCCGCAGAGCAGGUUGAGGGGGAGGAGCCCGCCUAUGCCCCCGAAGACCCCGCCGCUGUCGGCGAGGCGGGCAGCGACGGGUCUCCCAGUAAAUCACCCUCCAAGAAGAAGAAGAAGUUCCGCACGCCCUCCUUCCUGAAGAAGAACAAGAAGAAGACAGAAACCUAAUCCCACAUCACGCCACUUCCCCCUUGUUGCUUUCGUCCUCCCUCCCUCUCUCUCUCCGGAGCGAGGCACGCACGCCUACACAUACACAAUCACUCUCUCCUGUAUUUUCCAGCUUUUUUAUCUUGUUUUGUCCGGCUUUUAA